GCUCUCUAGGACCCGAGGAGGGAGAGCUGCAGGGAGACGGAGCCUCCAGCGGGUGCUGCCGCGAGCGGCCGGCCGAGGGGGCUGGAAAUGAAAGUAAAGCGCUCCGGAGCCACAUGGACCGAGCUGCCCGGGCGGCGGCGCCGGGAGCAGGAUGCGGCCGCCCGUAAUUAAAUAGCAUUUACUCUUAUUAUUACUAAUAAUAAUAACGUAAUCAUACCUCUAGUCAUAGUAUACCAUUUAUCGGGCUCGGCGCAGGCCCGCGGGGAGCGCAGCCCGGCCGAGACACUGAUGGAGAGGCAGAAACGGAAGGCGGACAUCGAGAAGGGGCUGCAGUUCAUUCAGUCAACACUACCCCUAAAGCAAGAAGAGUAUGAGGCUUUCCUGCUCAAGCUUGUACAGAACCUGUUUGCCGAGGGCAACGACCUGUUCCGGGAGAAGGACUACAAGCAGGCUCUGGUGCAGUACAUGGAGGGGCUGAACGUGGCUGACUACGCAGCCUCGGACCAGGUGGCUCUACCCCGGGAGCUGCUGUGCAAGCUGCAUGUCAACAGGGCGGCGUGCUACUUCACCAUGGGUCUGUAUGAGAAGGCGCUAGAGGAUAGUGAGAAGGCCUUGGGCCUGGAUGGCGAGAGUAUCCGGGCACUGUUCCGCAAGGCACGCGCCCUCAACGAGCUGGGACGCCACAAAGAAGCCUAUGAGUGCAGCAGCCGGUGCUCCCUCGCGCUUCCCCACGAUGAAAAUGUCACUCAGCUGGGUCAGGAGCUGGCUCAGAAGCUCGGGCUGCGGGUGCGGAAAGCCUACAAGAGACCCCAGGAAUUGGAAACAUUUUCUCUGCUUAGUAAUGGAGUCCCGACUGGCUUAACAGAUCAGGGAACGUCUAACGGAUUGGGAUCUAUAGAUGACAUCGAAACAGACUGCUACGUGGAUCUCCGAGACUCCCCGGCCCUGCUCCCUUCCACUCCCACGAUGCCCCUGUUCCCCCAUGUUCUGGAUCUCCUGGCCCCCCUGGAUGGCAGCGGCAGGGCCCUCCCCAGCACCGAGGUCCUGGAUGACUUCUCAGAUGGGGACGUGUUUGGUCCAGAACUGGACACCCUCCUGGACUCUCUGUCUCUGGUCCAGGGUGGCCUGCCUGGCAGUGGUAUGCCUAGUGAGCUGCCUCAGCUGAUCCCCGUGUUUCCUGGUGGGACCCCACUCUUGCCACCUGUGGUGGGUGGCUCCAUCCCCGUGUCCAGCCCACUGCCUCCCGCCUCCUUUGGCCUUGUCAUGGACCCCUCCAGGAAGCUGGCUGCUUCUGUGCUGGAUGCCCUUGACUCUCCAGGGUCCACGCUGGACCCCCUGGAUCUCUUACCAUACUCCGAGGCUCGGCUGGACUCCCUCGACAGCUUUGGGUCAGCCCGAGGCUCGCUGGACAAGGUGGACUCCUUCCUAGAAGAGACCAGUUCACAGGACCACCGACCCCCAAGCAGUACUCUGAAGCCAGCCCCCUCGCCAGAGCCUUCAAUGCUCAACACCGCCCUGCUCAUCAAGAAUCCUCUGGCUACCACCCAUGAGUUCAAACAGGCCUGCCAGCUGUGCUACCCCAAAACAGGCCCCAGGGCUGGCGACUAUACCUACCGUGAGGGCCUGGAGCAUAAGUGCAGAAGGGAUGUCCUCCUCGGCCGCCUCCGGAGCUCGGAGAACCAGAUCUGGAAGCGCAUCCGGCCCCGGCCCACCAAAACCAGUUUUGUGGGCUCCUACUAUCUGUGCAAAGACAUGAUUAACAAGCAAGACUGUAAGUACGGGGAUAACUGCACCUUCGCUUACCAUCAGGAGGAGAUCGAUGUGUGGACAGAGGAGCGGAAGGGCACCCUCAACCGGGACCUGCUCUUUGACCCUCUAGGGGGCAUCAAGCGUGGCAGCCUCACCAUUGCCAAGCUCCUCAAGGAGCACCAGGGCAUCUUCACCUUCCUCUGUGAGAUCUGCUUCGACAGUAAGCCCCGGAUCAUCAGCAAAGGCACCAAGGACUCUCCGUCUGUCUGCUCCAACCUGGCUGCCAAGCACAGCUUUUACAACAACAAGUGUCUGGUGCACAUCGUCCGCUCCACCUCUCUCAAGUACUCCAAGAUCCGCCAGUUCCAGGAGCACUUCCAGUUUGACGUGUGCCGCCACGAGGUGCGCUAUGGGUGCCUGCGUGAGGACAGCUGCCACUUCGCCCAUAGCUUCAUUGAGCUCAAGGUCUGGUUGCUGCAGCAGUACUCAGGAAUGACCCACGAAGACAUCGUUCAGGAAUCCAAGAAAUACUGGCAACAGAUGGAGGCCCACGCAGGGAAGGCCAGCAGCAGCAGCUUGGGUACCCCAAGGACGCCUGGACCCAGCACCUUUGACUUACAGAUGAAGUUUGUGUGUGGUCAGUGUUGGAGGAAUGGGCAGGUGGUGGAGCCAGACAAGGACCUCAAGUACUGCAGUGCCAAGGCCCGGCAUUGCUGGACCAAGGAGAGGCGGGUCCUUCUGGUGAUGUCUAAGGCCAAGAGGAAGUGGGUGUCCGUGAGACCACUGCCGUCCAUCCGAAACUUCCCACAGCAAUACGAUCUGUGCAUCCAUGCCCAGAAUGGCCGCAAAUGCCAGUAUGUGGGGAACUGCUCCUUCGCACACAGCCCUGAGGAGAGGGACAUGUGGACCUUCAUGAAGGAGAACAAGAUCCUGGAUAUGCAACAGACCUACGACAUGUGGCUGAAGAAACACAACCCAGGGAAGCCGGGAGAAGGGACCCCCAUCGGCUCUCGGGAAGGAGAGAAACAGAUCCAGAUGCCCACAGACUAUGCGGACAUCAUGAUGGGCUACCACUGCUGGCUCUGCGGCAAGAACAGCAACAGCAAGAAGCAGUGGCAGCAGCACAUCCAGUCUGAGAAGCACAAGGAGAAGGUCUUCACUUCCGACAGCGACGCCAGUGGCUGGGCCUACCGUUUCCCUAUGGGCGAGUUCCGACUCUGUGACAGGCUCCAAAAGGGCAAGACCUGCCCAGACGGGGACAAGUGCCGCUGUGCCCACGGACAGGAGGAGCUCAGUGAGUGGCUGGACCGGCGCGAGGUGCUGAAGCAAAAACUGGCCAAGGCCCGCAAGGACAUGCUCCUGUGUCCACGGGAUGACGACUUCGGCAAAUACAACUUCCUGCUGCAAGAAGAUGGUGACACCACUGGUGCCACCCCAGAUGCCCCCGUUGCUGCAACUGCUACUGCCGCCGCCACCACCACCACCACCACCACCACCACCACCACUACCACUACCACUGGGGAGUAGGGCCAGGUCUCAGCUAUGUCAAAGUCCUGGGGUCGGGAUGGGUUGGGGGCAGGGGACCAUCCCAUAAGGCAGCCCCCAGUCCACUGGGUCCCUGUCUCUCCUUUCCACCCCCAAUACCCCAGGUGUGUAUACCCAGGUCAUAUACUGCAACCCCAAGUGGUCCCAGGAUCCUUGUCCUGUCAAAAUGGGGGCAGACCCUCCCCAAUUCUAGUUCUCCUGGUUGGAGAGGGAGGGGCCUGGCCAGCUUCAGCCUACAGCUUUAAAUUCUGUCUACUCCUAAAUGGGUCCAAAGCUCAGGGCUGGGGAGCCUGGGUGCCCACUUGAAUAUGCAGCAGGAGGUUCCUUUUCCUUCUCUACCUUCCUCUUCCCCCUUUCCCUGGGGCCAGAUCAGGACACAGCAAAGGGCAGGAGGCCCUGACUAGCUUAAAGUAUAGUCAUGCGAUGGAGUUGGGUCACUUACCACCUGGGGCCUCAGUUUCCUGAUCUGUGAAAGGGGCAAGGGCUAAGGCAGAUGAUCUAUGCAGCUAGACUAAGCCGUCUAGGUGCUCCUAACAACCAUCCCGGCCCAGCCCUCUCCUUUGUGAGCCACAAUUGUAGACCGUGCCUCAGCCUUGGAGUCAGCACAGCCCACAGCCCUUUUUACAGAAACAAAAACUGAGUUCUAGUAGGAGUGGUUCACCCAGGAUCUUUAACCCUCUCUGGUGCAGAACUGGGAUGUAAACACUGGUCAGAGACCCCACCCAUUAUCAGCUGGAGCCGCUGGGCUCCUCAGUCCCAUGCAGCGUCCCUGGGACGUGGGGAAGGGAUGCUGAGACAGGAGCUGGCCUUCUUAGCUCCAUGUUGGGGGAUGCUGGGGUAAGCGAUGGAGGCUUUAUCCUCAGGAGCUUUCACAGACAGUGACGGAAUACAGGGCACCAUGAGCUCAGGUUCUGACAAGGUACAAAGCGUGGGGAGGCUCUGAGGAAUGUGAAGGGUGGGAAGACGACCUAGGCUCCAUGGGUCGAUGGGAAAUAGCCUCUCUUUCCUGGGGACCCUCUGUAGUUCCCUCUAAAAGACCCAGAUAUACUGUUAUGAACAUCUAUCCCAGCCCCACCCUACGCUCAGCCCUGCUGACUGCCUAGGACCCCAGCUGACCCCCAGCCCAUGCCCUCCUUUUACUGAGGCCUCUUUUAUCAUCUGAAGUAUGUGUACACCUUUUCAUCCCGUCCCCACAGGUAGACACAGCCUCCCCUGGCUCCCCAAGACAUUCCAGAAUGCUCCACCCCAUUGGCACAAGAAGUGGGGCACCCCCACACACCCCCUACACCCCCGCCAGAAGGAACCAGAAACUAAGGCUAUCAAGGAGUAAGAUAGAAUGGACAGACACUCCUGUUUUCCCUCCAGCCAGGGUUGCUAGGGCUCAAGGUCACAGUGACAGGCACCUGGGCGUAAAGGACCCAUUCCUCAUCCCACCACUGCCCAACCUUCCCCCGAUGACCAUGGCGUGCACCUCUUCCUCUCCCCUGACCCUCUUCCCUGACCCCAGCUGGCUAGCACUGCAGUCUGGGUGCUGGCAGUGUGGCUGGAGGGGAGGGGAGACCACAUCUAAGGUGGGGGCCAUGGCCGUGAGUGUGAAUGACACUUGGUAUCCUGACCCGUGGUGUUGCAGUCUGUUGUCACCAGCCUUGUUUUAGUGUGUAUAUAUGUCGCCCCUGUGAUGCAUAUAUACACAGGUAUUAAAUAUAUCGCUCUAUAUAAUAUUAUAUAUGUGUGUGGUAUCCAAGGAAUCUCUUCUAUUGAGGGCUAAAGAUAAAGAAUUUAGCACAACAAAAAAUGCAGACAUCCUUGUGAAUUUUGAGUGCUUAUGGGGUCAUCUGGUUAUUUAGGGCGCUGAGACUGGAGCCAUGGCUCAGAUGAUUUGGACAGAAAGGGCAGGGUGGCCCACACCUGGGCCCUGCUCUAACUGCUAGUCUCCCACAGAUUCAUGUCUAGAGAGGAACAGCAGUGCGCUCAGGAAAAGGCAGUCGUUAGCGUUUGUCCCCCGGAGAAGGAUGAAGCCAGGGUUUCCCUGCUGUUCAUCUGUCCAGGGGCCCCUGAGAUCUGGGCUCCCUGACGUUCUAGACCUCUGUGCCCCACACAGAAGAGAAGGACGAUAGGGAUGACCUGGGGUGGGAGAGAACAUCCUCAAUGAAGACUGCGGUUAAUCAGGUGUGACCCCUCUGGGGCCCCUGGUUGGAAGGCUGGGGUUGAAGCCGGGCCUAGGAGCAAGAACAAGAUUGCGCAGUAGGCAUGGCGUGGGGGACAGUGGGAGGGGUGCUGCAUUUCUCAGCUGGGCAGUAAUCAAUCUAAUGGUCCUUUAAAAAUGUCUGUAUUAAAAUUUAAGAAUACCACACUUUAAUAUUAAAUAUCAUAAGGUCUAGUAUCUUGAUAAUAAUGUAGAUGUUUUAAUAACAAUUUUUGUCCUUCUUAAAAUAAAAUGAGAGAGAAAUUUG